UUUUCCCUUAUUUCCGGGUAUGUCAUGUGACUCUCAGGCUGCACUAUGGCGGAAGCAGAGGAGCAGGAAACUGGGUCUCUUGAAGAGUCUACAGAUGAAUCAGAGGAAGAGAGUGAAGAGGAACCCAAACUGAAGUAUGAAAGGCUUUCCAAUGGGGUGACAGAGAUUCUUCAGAAGGAUGCAGCAAGCUGUAUGACGGUCCAUGACAAGUUUUUGGCACUGGGUACACAUUAUGGCAAGGUUUAUUUACUUGAUGUCCAGGGAAACAUCACUCAGAAGUUUGAUGUAAGUCCUGUGAAGAUAAACCAGAUUAGCUUGGAUGAAAGUGGAGAACACAUGGGCGUGUGUUCUGAGGAUGGCAAGGUACAAGUAUUUGGACUCUAUUCUGGAGAAGAAUUCCAUGAGACUUUCGACUGUCCCAUUAAAAUCAUUGCUGUGCACCCACAGUUCGUGAGAUCCAGUUGUAAGCAGUUUGUGACAGGAGGGAAAAAGUUGCUGCUGUUUGAACGAACUUGGAUGAACAGAUGGAAAUCCUCUGUCCUGCACGAAGGGGAAGGGAACAUAAGGAGCGUGAAAUGGAGAGGCCAUCUGAUUGCUUGGGCCAAUAAUAUGGGUGUGAAGAUUUUUGACAUCACCUCAAAGCAAAGAAUCACCAAUGUUCCCCGAGAUGAUAUAAGUCUUCGGCCUGAUAUGUAUCCCUGCAGCCUCUGCUGGAAGGAUACUGUGACACUCAUUAUUGGCUGGGGAACUUCCAUCAAGAUAUGUUCAGUGAAGGAACGUCACGCCAGUGAGAUGAGAGAUCUGCCAAAUCGAUAUGUUGAAAUAGUGUCUCAGUUUGAAACUGAAUUCUACAUUAGUGGACUUGCACCUCUCUGUGAUCAGCUUGUUGUACUUUCCUACGUAAAGGAGGUUUCAGAAAAAACGGAAAGAGAAUACUGUGCCAGGCCUAGACUGGACAUCAUCCAGCCACUUCCAGAGACUUGUGAAGAGAUCUCAUCUGAUGCUCUGACAGUCAGAGGCUUUCAGGAGAAUGAAUGUAGGGAUUAUCAUUUAGAAUACUCUGAAGGGGAAUCACUUUUCUACAUUGUGAGUCCAAGAGACGUUGUCGUAGCCAAGGAACGAGACCAGGAUGAUCAUAUCGACUGGCUCCUUGAGAAGAAGAAAUAUGAAGAAGCUCUGAUGGCAGCUGAAAUUAGCCAAAGGAACAUUAAAAGACAUAAGAUUUUGGAUAUUGGGUUGGCAUAUAUAAACCACCUGGUGGCAAGAGGAGAAUAUGACAUGGCUGCACGAAAAUGCCAGAAAAUUCUUGGGAAAAAUGCAGCCCUCUGGGAAUAUGAAGUUUACAAAUUUAAAGAAAUUGGACAGCUUAAAGCAAUCAGUCCUUAUUUACCAAGAGGGGACCCAGUCCUGAAACCACUCAUCUAUGAAAUGAUCUUACACGAAUUUUUGGAAAGUGAUUAUGAGGGCUUUGCCACAUUGAUCAGAGAGUGGCCUGGAGAUCUGUAUAACAAUUCAGUGAUCGUUCAAGCAGUUCGAGACCACCUGAAGAAGGACAGUCAGAACAAGACUUUAUUGAAAACACUGGCCGAACUGUACACCUAUGACAAAAAUUAUGGCAAUGCUUUGGAAAUAUACUUAACAUUAAGACAUAAAGAUGUUUUCCAACUGAUACACAAGCAUAAUCUUUUCAGCUCCAUCAAGGAUAAGAUAGUUUUAUUAAUGGAUUUCGAUUCAGAGAAAGCUGUUGACAUGCUUUUGGACAAUGAAGACAAAAUUUCAAUUAAAAAAGUUGUCGAAGAAUUAGAAGACAGACCAGAAUUGCAGCAUGUGUAUUUGCACAAGCUCUUCAAGAGGGACCAUCAUAAAGGACAGUGCUACCACGAGAAACAGAUCAGUCUGUAUGCUGAAUAUGACCGGCCAAACCUCCUUCCCUUUCUCCGAGACAGUACCCAUUGCCCGCUUGAAAAGGCUCUUGAGAUCUGUCAACAAAGAAACUUUGUAGAAGAGACAGUUUACCUUCUGAGCCGAAUGGGAAACAGUCGAAGUGCCCUCAAGAUGAUUAUGGAGGAAUUACAUGAUGUUGAUAAAGCAAUUGAGUUUGCCAAGGAGCAAGAUGAUGGAGAGCUCUGGGAAGACCUGAUUCUGUAUUCCAUUGACAAACCACCAUUUAUUACUGGCUUGUUAAACAACAUUGGCACACACGUGGACCCGAUUCUUCUAAUCCACCGCAUAAAGGAAGGAAUGGAGAUUCCCAAUUUGAGAGAUUCCUUGGUUAAGAUUCUGCAGGAUUAUAACUUGCAGAUUCUGCUUCGGGAAGGCUGCAAGAAAAUCCUCGUAGCUGACUCUCUGUCAUUGCUGAAGAAAAUGCACCGAACCCAAAUGAAAGGCGUUCUGGUCGAUGAAGAGAAUAUCUGUGAAUCGUGUCUUUCUCCCAUCCUCCCAACAGAUGCGGCUAAGCCCUUCAGCGUGGUGGUCUUCCACUGUCGACACAUGUUCCACAAGGAGUGCCUACCCAUGCCAAGCAUGAAUGCUCCUGCACAGUACUGUAACAUCUGCAGUGCUAAGAGCCGUGGACCUGGAAGUGCCAUCCUGGAGAUGAAGUAGCCCUGCAUGCUCGCCAGCCUGCCCUUUGCUUCUCUGCUCCAUGUAGCUAUUGGGUCACAGCAGCUGCGUUGACACCAGUGCUGUUCAGGGCUAACCUGUGCUCUGCAUCAGUUGCCUCUCUAGACUUGCCUUCCAGAAACUUCUUCCCGUCACUGAUGGAGAAGUCAGGGCAAUUCCCAUGCUGUGAAAUAUUUGGAUUCAUAAUUGGUGUUUCAUGAUUUGUUUCUUUGGUUGCUUUAGUUAGCAAAUGAAAACCUAAAUGUCAGAGCCAGAAAUGACUUUGGUCUUACUCACACCACCAGGCCUCAAGUGCACUACUGAGAACUGCCCCUGCUGUCUGAGAACAUCGGCAGCUGCAGGGAGCCAAAAGCUCUGCUGAAAACAGUUCUGGCAUUUCUAGCUUCAUUGUCUAUAUGUCUUCAACUGUGGUUCACUUCCUAAUACACAUUUAAUGAAACACUGAAAACUGUCACUCAUUCAGUGACAUAUGGAAAUACCAUUAGCUGCAACUUUAUGUUUGCUCCUUACAUUCCAUAUGUUCUGACUAGUAUAGUAUCUGGUCUUAUCAGGUACUCAAUAUUUGCUGAAUGAAUAAAUGUUUUUCUCAUUGUGAAACCUUUAUUGCAAGCAAACCAGUACCCUGUAAGGCAUAAAGAUGAGUUUUGGCACCUUAGUACCUGAGGAGCUGUGAUUGAUAAGUCAGGAGGAAGCCAGUGACCCUGUCAGAGCUAGGUGAGACUAUCCAGAGCAGUGGGAGGCUAAAUGCCAAAGACAGGCUAGGGAUGUGCCUUACCACCUCCAAGGAUGGGCUAGGGAUGUCUUUCAUUAUCUCUCUGCCUCUGAGGAUGGCUAGGGAUGUGCCUUACCACCUCCAAGGAUGGGCUAGGGAUGUGCCUCUCUGCCUCACUGCCUCCAAGGAUGGGCUAGGGAUGUGCCUCACUGCUUCAACUUUUUGUUGUUCUUAACAUUUCCAAUUUAAUUUAAAGACUCUGCUUACUAAAUGUCAUCACUUCCUUUGCUGUUUGGAGCAGAUUCAUGUCCAGGAAAAUUCUCACAGAACUUAUUAACAAGGGGAACUAAUUCCAGCACAUUUUACUUCUAGGGUAAAUUACGAUAAUUACUAAUUACUAGAUCACAUUUGGACAAUAAUCCCUAAGUGCAGAAAAGAAGUAGUAAGCUGUUUUCAUUCUUAAGUAACUGAGCUGAGAUAAAGUGUGCUCAUUCCCUUCUUCAAAAAUAACCUUUAAUAUCUCCAAAGCAAGAUUGUGUUGUAAACAGAAAACACCACCCUGUCUCCCUGGGUGUCUUUUCCUUUUGAACAAACUAAAAGAUAAUCAAUCCUUUCCAGGAGCUUUUAUUUUAUAAAGAUUUAAAUAUAACAAAAUAAUCAAAAUGGUAGCAUCUCAUCUUUGUAAUCUGUAACUAGCCCAUUGUGAAGAUCUGAAGGGCUGAAGAAAUAUAUCAAAUGUUAAGAGCACUGGCUACUCUUCCAGAGGACUUAGGUUCAGUUCUCAGCACCCACAGGGCAGCUCACACCUACCUCUACCUUCAGUUCCAGGGGACCUGACACCCUCGUCCAGCCCCAGUAGGCCACAGCCCUAUGUGGUACACACACACAUAUAUCCAGCCAAAACAUAAGUACAGAUAAAAAUAAACUAUAUUAAAUAAAUAAAACAUGCCUGAAGCAAGCUAGGCCCACUUGUACCUAAGAUUAGAGGCACAAUUGCUUAUCCUUGAAGAAAAUUGUCCUCUGUGUGGGAAUCAGCCAAGUUCAAAGAUAUCUAUUGACAACAGUUUUGUUUUGUUUUUAACCAGAAUUUCCUCCGACUUGGUGUUCAUCCUUGAAAUGUUUUCAGAUACUCUCAGUCAGUUGUUGUUUGGUCAUUACAGUGUGUUUUAAUACUAUAAAACAAAUCUCAGUAGAGUCACUACUUUGUAUGGGACUGUUAUGAGCCCUUUCCUAUGUCCCUUAACCUGCCUAGAGCCAUAUAGGAAGGCUUCUUACUAGACUGCCUGUUUGCCCAUGAAGAAUCACAAAGGCUCUGCAGCUCGCCACAGGUCAAGGUAAGGAGUCAGUGUGCCAGCUCAAUUCAAACUCAGCCAGUCUGCCCUCAGAGUGCCUGCUCUUAACCACUCCAGGUGUUUUUUAGAGAAGUAUUCACUUGACCUGGUCAGUGUGUAGAAAGUUAAAUCCACUCUUGGAAGAUAAAGUGAAGUGUCAAUGAAUGACAGAAUCACUGGUGGAUCUGAAGAGCAAGCUGUGGGAAGAUUCUAGAAUAUUAAGCAGUCACACAGCCUGGCUGCUGUGACUGCCCUGAAACCACUGCCCAUUUCCACCAGAGGGCAGCUGCAACCAACAUUAAGAGUCAUCAUGUUGUGUAAAUAAAAUGUUACCUGCUUCCCAGUUCCACAUAGAAAUUUUAAUAACCUUAAGAAAUACUGUGCAGGCACAUGCAUACAGGGGAGAUGUUUCUAUAUGUUUAAUCCUGAGUCAGUGUGUUAUGGUGUGUUAUUAAAGCCUGGGCUGUUAACACUA